AUGGUGAUCAUUGGAGACUCCAUCGUCAGACACGUCCAUGCUACUACGGCUAAAGGUAAGGUGUGCGCUCGCUGUUUUCCUGUUAUCAAUGUAGCUGUUCAGGUUCCCAUGAUCCUGAAUAAGAACAUCGGAGCUUUGGUCCUCUAUGCUGGCACAAACGACACCAGGCUGAGGCAGAUGGAGAUCCUGAAGAAGCAGGAGGCUAUGAAGGUCAUCACUCAGCUGGAGAAGGAGAAGUUUGACCUGAUACACCAGGUGAAGGCACUGCAAGACGGGGAUCUGAAGUCCGAGUUCCAUAGAAUGAUGGAGAAUCUGACAAACUAUGAAAAGUUACUGAAGGUCUCCCUGUCUGAAACUGAGGAGAAACACCAGAAGGCUGUGGAGACCAUCACUAAGCUGGAGGAGGAGAAGUCUGACCUGACAGACCAGGUGAAGACACUGCGAGACACAGUGGAGAACAUGGGGAACCAGCUCUGUGAGACUCUCUUGCAGUGUGAGAAAGAGCAGGAGGCUCACAGGCUUCUGAAGUCAGAGCACCAGGAGAUGAUGGAGACUCUGACAAACAGUGAAAAGUUAAAGAAGGUCUCCCUGGCUGAAGCUAACGAAAAACACCAGAAAGCUGUGGAGACCAUCACCCAGCUCCACUAAGAGACAUAGUGGAGGACAUGGGGAACCAGCUUCAUGAGACUCAUUUGCAGUGUGAUGAUCUAAAGAAUGAUUAUGAGGAAGAGCAGGACACUCACAGCCACCUGAAGUCCGAGUACAAUGAGAUGACUGACCAACAGUGGAAGGUUACCACAGGUAAAUAUUCUUGUGAUGAAACUUAUACCUAACUUAAACCUACACAUACCCUGAUGGCCUCAGCCAGACUGAAAAAGACUCUUUGAUAUUGAAGGCAAUAUUCAUUUUGAAAUCAGAGACCUGACAUUGUAUUAGACUUCAUGUGAAUAAAUAAUAGUAUUUUUAUGGCAUUCAUAUGCAUUUGCAAUGGGAAAUAUUAAUAGUACUAUACUCUGAAACACCAGCUGCACUAACUAAUAAGAAAUGUCUACAGCACACUCGUCCUGCAUCGUCCUGCAGCAGGACGGAUUCAUUCACCGCUUUUACUUUGGCAGCAUCGUAGCUUUAUUCCUAACGCUGUCCGAUCCCCAGCAGCUUCCAAGUUGAAUGGAUCUGUCAUGUUUUCUUUAUCACAAUGCAGGGAAUCAG